AUGUUAACAGCCAGUGUGCUGCUGGUAUCUUUUGUGGUGUUUCUGCUGGUUCUGCAGUUCCUGAAAUUGCAAUGGAUCCGAAGACGACUUCCUCCUGGCCCAACUCCGUACCCCUUGUUUGGAAAUCUGCUGCAGAUGAACUUCCAAAUUCACCAUGAGAUCCUUAAAAAAAUGGCCAAAACUCACGGUAAUGUCUUCACUUUAUGGUUUUUAAACACGCCCAUGGUUGUCCUGCAAGGGUUUCACGCAGUAAAAGAAGGUCUGACUGUCCAUGCUGAAGAUGUUGCUGGAAGGCCAUUAAUCAAGUCCUUUCACAUUUUGACUCAGGGAAAUGGUGUUAUGUUCUCUAAUGGUCGUCUCUGGAAGCAACAGAGGCGGUUUGGGCUUGCGACACUGAGGAAAAUGGGAGUAGGGAAAAAAGACCAGGAGUAUCGACUGCAAGAGGAGGCCGGUCACCUGGUGGAAUACCUAAAGAAAACAAACGGAAAACCUCUGGACCCCACUAUGCCCGUUGUUCACACUGUCUCAAAUGUGAUUUGUUCUGUGAUUUUUGGACAUCGCUUCUCUAAAGACGACGAAAAUUUUCACCGCUUGAUUGAAUCCAUUGAUACUAUAACAGCAUUUGGGAACAGCAUCUCUUUUUUUAUAUAUGAAAUGGUUCCCUGGCUUGCAAGGCGUCUCCUAGCACCAUGUAGAGAUACUGUAUCCAGCAUAGAUUUUGUGAAUAAUCUAUUGGCAAAGGAACUUGAAAGCCAUAAAGGAAAACGAAAAUCAGAUGAAAAUCAAGAUUUUAUUGAUUACUAUUUGGAUGAGAUAGAUAAAACCAAAGGAGAUGCUGAUGCUACUUAUGAUGAAGAAAACUUGAUCCAGACUAUUUUUGACCUCUUUCUGGCAGGUACAGAAACUACAGCCACUACUUUACGUUGGGCAUUGCUCUAUAUGGUGAUUUAUCCUGAUAUUCAAGCGAAAGUCCAGAAGGAGCUGGAUGCUGUUCUCGGUUGUUCCCAUCCAAUUUGCUACGAAGACAGAAAAAAGUUGCCAUAUACAAAUGCUGUAGUUCAUGAGAUCCAGCGAUACAGUAAUAUAGUCUUAAUUGCACUUCCCAGACAGAGCAUGAAGGACACAGAGCUGCUGGGAUUUCCCGUUCCAAAGAACACCAUAAUCUUAGCAAAUAUUGACUCUGUUCUGACUGAUCCUGGGAAAUGGGAGACUCCUGACCAGUUCAACCCAGGCCACUUUCUGGAUAAAGAUGGAAACUUUGUAAACAGAGAAGCAUUCUUACCAUUUUCAAUAGGGCACCGUGUGUGUAUGGGGGAGCUGUUGGCAAGGAUGGAGCUCUUCAUUGUCUUUGCCACCCUGUUACGAGCAUUCACCUUCACCCUGCCAGAAGGAGUGAAAGAAGUCAGUACAAAGCUUGUUUUUGGGAGCACAAUGAAGCCACCUCCCUAUGAGCUCUGUGCCAUUCCUCGGUAG